UGCGGGCUAUAAGGGCCCGGGGCGGCGGGGUCAGCUCGCGCCGCUAUUCGGGUGGACGGUCAGCGGGCACGUCCGCGAUGUGCGGAAUCUUCGCCUACAUGAACUAUAGGGUCCCUCGCACGAGGAAGGAGAUCUUCGAGACCCUCAUCAGGGGUCUGCAGCGGCUGGAGUACCGAGGCUACGACUCUGCAGGUGUGGCCAUUGACGGGAGCAAUGGCGAGGUCAAGGAGCGGCACAUCCAGCUCGUCAAGAGGACGGGCAAUGUCAAGGCGCUGGAUGAGGAGCUCUACAGACAGAACAGUGUGGACUUGAAGAUGGAGUUUGAGACCCACUUUGGCAUCGCCCACACGCGCUGGGCCACCCACGGGGUCCCCAACGCUGUCAACAGCCACCCGCAGCGCUCCGACAGGGACAACGAGUUUGUUGUUAUCCACAACGGUAUCAUCACGAAUUACAAGGACCUGAGGAAGUUUCUGGAAAGCAAAGGCUACGAGUUCGAGUCGGAAACAGACACGGAGACCAUUGCCAAGCUGAUCAAGUACGUGUUCGACAACAGGGAGACAGAGGACGUUUCCUUCUCGGCCCUGGUGGAGCGGGUCAUCCAGCAGCUGGAAGGUGCGUUUGCUCUGGUUUUCAAGAGUGUUCACUACCCGGGAGAGGCUGUCGUCACCAGGAGAGGCAGCCCCCUGCUCAUCGGCGUGCGUAGCAAGUACAAACUCUCCACCGAACAGAUCCCCAUCCUGUACCAGACCCGGAGUAUCGAGAAUGUGAAGAGUAUCCCCAAGCCCCGGGUGAGGCGGCUGGACAGCUCCACGUGCCUGCACGCGGUCGGGGACAAAGCCGUGGAGUUCUUCUUUGCUUCCGACGCCAGCGCCAUCAUCGAGCACACGAACCGUGUCAUCUUCCUGGAGGACGACGACAUCGCAGCCGUGGCGGACGGGAAGCUCUCCAUCCACCGCGUCCAGCGCCUGGCCAGCGACGAGCCCUCUCGCGCCAUCCAGACGCUGCAGAUGGAGCUGCAGCAGAUCAUGAAAGGGAACUUCAGCGCCUUCAUGCAGAAGGAGAUCUUCGAGCAGCCCGAGUCCGUUUUCAACACCAUGAGGGGGCGGGUCAACUUUGAGACCAACACAGUGCUCCUGGGUGGCCUCAAGGGCCACUUGAAGGAGAUUCGACGGUGCCGGAGACUCAUCGUGAUCGGCUGCGGGACCAGCUACCACGCGGGGGUGGCUACCCGGCAGGUCCUGGAGGAGCUCACGGAGCUGCCAGUGAUGGUGGAGCUGGCCAGUGACUUCCUAGACCGGAACACGCCCGUGUUCAGGGAUGACGUGUGCUUCUUCAUCAGCCAGUCAGGCGAGACGGCCGACACCCUCCUGGCGCUGCGCUACUGCAAAGACCGCGGGGCGCUGACCGUGGGCGUGACCAACACGGUGGGCAGCUCCAUCUCGCGGGAGACCGACUGCGGCGUCCACAUCAACGCGGGCCCCGAGGUGGGCGUGGCCAGCACCAAGGCCUACACCAGCCAGUUCGUCUCCCUGGUGAUGUUCGGGCUGAUGAUGUCUCAAGACCGGGUCUCUCUGCAGAGCAGGCGGCGGGAGAUCGUCCUGGGGCUGAAGGCCCUGCCUGAGCUGAUCAAGGAAGUCCUGGCCCUGGACCAGAAGAUCCACGACCUGGCCCUGGAGCUGUACACGCAGAGGUCACUGCUGGUCAUGGGCCGCGGCUACAACUAUGCCACCUGCCUGGAGGGAGCCCUGAAAAUCAAAGAGAUCACCUACAUGCACUCGGAGGGGAUCCUGGCUGGCGAGCUGAAGCACGGGCCCCUGGCCCUCAUCGACCAGCAGAUGCCCGUGAUCAUGGUCAUCAUGAAGGACCCCUGUUUCACCAAGUGCCAGAACGCCCUGCAGCAGAUCACAGCGCGCCAGGGGCGCCCCAUCAUCCUGUGCUCCCGGGAUGACACGGAGAGCUCCAAGUUCGCCUACAAGACCAUCGAGCUGCCGCCCACCGUGGACUGCCUGCAGGGCAUCCUCAGCGUCAUCCCCCUGCAGCUGCUCUCCUUCCACCUCGCAGUUCUCCGAGGCUACGAUGUCGACUUCCCCAGGAACCUGGCCAAGUCGGUGACGGUGGAGUGAGACUCGAAGGGCGGGAGUCAUGAGCCCUCCAGGGGCCUCGUGCCUGUCCGAGCGGCCGCCGCGUGCCUUGCAGCCCAAGUGCUCCGCUUCCAGCAGAACUUGCUUCUCCCGCGCGGCCACGGAGAAAGGGAGUCACUGUUUACACCUGGGGACCAGAACUGACUUAUUGUUUUCAUUUUGUUUUUUUUCCCCCUCAUCCCACUACUGUGCAAUGCAGAAAGCCAACGAGCCCCUCUUUGGCGCAGCUGUGACCCCUUUCUGUACUUCGUUCGUCCUGUUUUUGGAUUCUGGUUUUGGGGCCGCACCCAGGGUUCACUCAUGUGUCACUCUGACCUGGGUGGGGCCGGGGAUGGACCCCCAGGCCCCCUGCGUGCCAGACCCGCACUUUACCUGCUGUCCUACCGCUCCGGCCCCUGUGAGACUUUUUUGGAAACUAACAUGGGCUCAUUUGGAAAGACAGAAUAUUUAUUAGGACAAAUGUAUAGCCUUUAAGUUAUUUUUCUAGUAUGUGGCUUUCUGUGGCCAGGGUAAUACACCCUUGAUUAGCUGUGUUGGGGUGUGCACAUGGGGGCAUUGAUUCAUCUCAGACCUGAGCACAAUUUCAGCCCCUCACACCGCACAGCCAGCGCCUUCACCCUUCCUGCUCUCCUAGGGGUGAAGGAUGCCUCUCCAGAAAGUUCUCUGGGAAAGUCCAGCUCCUUCAGAGAUUUCACGUUGGUGGAAAUCUCUCCUCUUGUCUCAUCUUCUCUUUAAAUCAGAUUGUGGUUCUUUACCACUAUCCCAUUACCCGUCGGUUCAUGGUUCCUUCCCACGAUCCCGUUACCCAGACAGCGGAUAUUUUGUGAUUAUUUUGGUCCCCACCUCUUGCCCAUGAGGAAGACGGUUGGAAGCACCCAGCCAAGA